AUGUCUCGCCUCUCCUCGCUUUCCUCGCGCACACUCGCGUCCACCGCCCGCCGCUACAGCACGCACGACGCGUCCUCCGCAAAGACCAAGUCCCCGCACGCGCAAUGGUACGCCGACGUUGUCCCGGCCAUGAUCCCAGUCGCUAUUCUCGGCUCUGCUGUCUACCUCAGCCUGCGACUCGCGCAGAACCACCUCGCGCACGAAAAGUACCUCGACGAAGCCCGCGCGCGCGUCCGCGAGCUCGAGGCGGAGGUCGACGCCCUCCGUGAGGCGCGCCUUCGCAAACACGACCACACCCCCUCGACGAGUAGCCUCAGCCCACGUCGCUGGUUCUCAUGGGGCUGA